UGAGAUAAAUUUUCUCCUGUGCUUCUUCACAUAAGUCUGUUAUUCUGCUGAUGCCUUCUGUACAGUUUGAGGAUCGUCCGCUACUAGUGAUUUCGUGCAGCGAUGUGCAAGAAAUAGAAGCGGAAAUCUGUGUAGAGGGACUACGUUGUAUGAAGAAAGUUCAUUUUCGUUCGCGAUCAUGGUAAUCCGCAAUCGAUCUGGAAUUCACUAGUUCACUCAAGGUGGUCUAACGAAAGUUGUCCUGUCUAAUCAUGAACAGCGAAGAACAUUCCUUUUUCCUGACCUUCCCCCGCAUCAACUUUUCCUUAAGAACUUCAACUUGUGCGAAUCCUUCUUGCCGUGUUGUGAAGAUCGUUGUACUUUUACAAAUUACACGUGAACUUCUAGGUCUACUUCUCGUACCUGUAACUAAGUGUAUGUUUUUAGCGAGUUGCGCCACACUCACGACAUUCACUAGUUUUCCUCGUUCUUCUACAGACGCAGUUGUUUUUUCGUUUCGAAAACGAAAUAAGCUACAAACAUCCACAAAAAUGGGAAACUCCGGAAGCACAAGUGGUGGCUGCUCUUCCUGCUGCGACGAGCGCUCAAAGGUGAAGGGAACCAAGCCACCGAAGGCCCAGGCAGGAACGAAUGCCAGACAAACUGAAGCGUGGGAAAAUUAUGCAAAAAUUUUAGUCUAGAUAAUUAUUCGAAGUACGACUACGAGUGAGGCAUGAUAUGUCGCAUCUUCACGGAAUAAAGAACAUCAGAACUCACCAUUCGAACGAUGGAGAUAUAACUAGUCGUGUCCCGUGUGUUCCGCGGUGGUUGAGAGAGGAGAGGACGAGGAAAAACGAUGGGCGAGAAUCUGCUAGUAGCGGCCAAACCCUGACAACCGAAACGGAAACUCUGACCUUCCGAACUCGGAGGCGCCAAACCCUGACACUCGAACUCUGAGGCGGCAAGCCCUGACAUUGACAGGCCCGGCCACUUGCAAACGUCUCCCAUCCCAAACGCUGACGCGCAAAACUCUGACCCUCCGAACUCGGAGGCGCCAAACCCUGACGUUCGAACUCUGAGGCGCCAAGCCCUGACAUUGCUAUGGCGAACGUCUCCAAAGCCCUGACAUUACCCGGCCCAAACGCGCCCCGUUAACGGCUGCGCGGCAGGCGUCCCCGCUGUCAGCCACUGAGGGCAAGAGCCGCCACUAAGGCCGCUGGGGUUCAGCUCGAGGAGGCGGCAAGCGCUGCCAUUGGCCCGCGUGGCUCCGCCCUUGACUCGCUGGAGCGCUGACUUCCGAAACGCUGACCCUCAAAACUCUGGCUUUCCGAACUCUGAGGCGCCGAACCCUGACAUUCGAACCCUGCGGCCCCAAACGUUGACAUUGGCAGGCCCGGCCACUUGCAAGCGUCCCCCCUCCCAAACUCUGACGCGCAAAACUCUGACCUUCCGAACUCUGAGGCGCCAAACCCUGACACUCGAACCUCGAGGCGCCAAACGUCGACAUUGACAGGCCCGGCCACUUGCAAGCGUGUCCCCUCCCAAACUCUGACGCGCAAAACUCUGACCUUCCGAACUCUGAGGCGCCGAACCCUGAGAUUCGAACUCUCAGGCGCCAAAGCCAAACCCUGACAUUGCCACGCAGGGCGCACCUGGCGAGCGUCUCCAAAGCCCUGACAUUACCCGUCCCAAACGCGCCCGGUGGCCACGUUUAAACCCGUUAACGGCUGCGCGGCAGGUGUCCCCGCUGUCAGCCACUGAGUGCACGGGCCGCCACUAAGGCCGCUGGCAUUCAGCUCGAGGAGGCGGCAAGCGCUGCCAUUGGCCCGCGUGCCUCCGCCUUUGACUCGCUGGGAGGCUGACUUCCCAAACUCUGACUCUCAAAACUCUGGCUUUCCGAAUCCGAACUCUGAGGCGCCAAACCCUGGCAUUCAUUCCAAUCUCUGAGGCGCCAAACGUUGACAUUGACAGGCCCGGCCACUUGCAAGCGUGUCCCCUCCCAAACUCUGACGCGCAAAACUCUGACCUUCCGAACUCUGAGGCGCCAAACCCUGACGUUCGAACUCUGAGGCGCCAAACCCUGACAUUGCCGCUCCGGGUGACUUGUGAACGUCUCCAAAACCCUGACACCCAUGCAAAACCUUGCGAUUCGUUUACGUGUUUGUAACCCUGGCAAGAACCCAACCUUGACAUUUGUUCCCUUUUUCGCCAACCCUGAGAUUCAAAACCCUGGCACGGGUUCAAAACCUUGAGCCUUUGCGGUUAGUGGCGAACCCUGUGAUUCCCUGGCUUCCGCCUUGAAGCCCUGGGAAUCUUGGCCUUUGUUUCCGCCCCCCUUGCGAUUCCCCUUGAUUCGCCUUAUUAAAACCCUGACCACGGACCUCGAUUUUUGUCGUUUAUUAAUUAAUAAAGAGGGAAGAAAUAGCUGGCCUUUCUCAUGGAAAUCUUAAACUACAAGCUGCCGAAUAGAUUCGAAUCAGCAGCUGGCUUUUCUAUAACAGGAAUAAUUGUUACUGAAGAUGAUCAUAUAGCUCAUCUUCUAAGAAGGAACCCAGCUAUACAACCCCGAUGAAGACACGACGGCAUCUGGUAAGAAGCGACCAGGUUUUGGGAUUAGUAUGGCACCAGCCAACAAAGAGAAAGCGCCUAUGGGAAUGACACAAUAUUACAGGCAGGACGAUGCGGCUGAUGAUUACAAGUAUUCUUAGACUUUUUCCAUUUUUAUAUAUUAGGGUUGACGAACAACCUCUUCAUCGAGCGCAUCAACUGACCAUUUACAUAUGGGCUACAACUUUCUCAUAUCUAUUUUCUGUUACUGAUUGUGAUUGUGAUCGCGAUGGAGUUUCCCUUUCCGUCUGGCGAGUCAAUACGUCGAAUGCUGUUUCUGUUCGGGUCGUUUUACAGCACGUAUCUUGGCUUUCGAAUUACAGAUCACUUGGAUGGUGCACGUGACUAUAUUGAAUAUUGUUUUUGUAGCAAGAAAAAAUGAAUGAGUAGACUGAGGCGCUUUUUUUGUAUGAAGACCUUCGCGCAAUCGUUUCUAUUAUCAUAUCCCACUUCAGCCCUGCCACGGACGUUGAUGGUAACAAUGAGCAGCUCCUGUCAGAGGCGCCACAAUAAAAACAGGAGGGUAAAAAUCGAGAAAAGUACAGAUUCUGCACAACCAAGUUGAAGUCGAUGUUCUCCUUGAAAGUACUUCUACCGUUGGAGGUGUAGAAAUUCUAUUAUGUUAUCGAGAAAAUCGACGUGGAUGUUAACUUCUUUCAAAAAUUGUAAUAUUCGGUUUAUUGGACAAGAAUUUCAAUUUUCGACUAUCAUUUAUGCACUCACAAAAAACGUAGUUGUAAUUUCCUGGGAAAAUAAGGGUUUGCAAGUGAACAAAAUACACAAAAACACGAGGAAUACUACCGUUGCCAUAUCAUAGAAAUCAUAGAAUGAUCAUAACUGCAGCUUCUUCGAAUGCCACUUCAUCAUACAUGCUACAUUGCGGGUCUGCAUCAUUUAUCAGCGAUUUAUCUUUUUUUUACCACAAAAAAAGUCUGCACGGGCGACAUGCGGUAAUCGCAUUGAUAGACUUGUUUGGCUACUCGUGAUGGCAGUAAAGGGAGCACUGUGACGAUCAUCGAAUAUUCAAACCGUCUGGAGCGUACUCAUGCAUAGUGAUAGAUGUUGUCUUUGGGAAAUGGCCUUACUAUUCAAUUGUCAAAACCAGCACAGGGAUGGGCGAUAUUUACUCGACCUUGUGUUCGGGAUGACACAGGAUCGCCGGAAUUCACUGCGUUAAGUUGUUUGGAAACAUAAACUUUGUUAAGGCUCGUCUAUCACUAACACUAUCCCAUCUGGAGUAUGCGAAGUAGUGGCCCCGCCCCUUAUUUCAC